CAAAAUAUUUGUUUCUGACCGGUGUAUCUUUCAAAUAUUGUCCUGUGUCGAAACAUAAUUUUAUUGAAACCCGAUAACCUUGCUCGAUGAUGGAUCGACCCUACUUCUAUAAUUCAGUUUAACGCCAACGGUGGUGAUCAUCUCCGACAAGCUAGUGAUUUGAGGUUAUACUCUCUCGGAAAGUGUAAUUAUAGGAAAUUUAGAAAAAUGUCAAAAUUGAUGAACUUGACCUGUGAUAGAAAGAUGAGAGUUGUGUUAAAAAAAUUGGAUUUAUUACAGAGGUGUUCAUUUAAGAUAGCAGCUUGUAGAUUUUCAACUGCCUUAACUCCAAAUAAUAAUACAAAUAAAAUAUGCAGUAAUGUAGAAGAAGCGUUAAGAGAUAUACAAGAUGGAUCCACACUUUUAGUUGGAGGGUUUGGUUUAUGUGGCAUCCCAGAAAAUCUGAUUAAGGGUUUAUUGAAACAUCAUGUGAAACAGUUAACAGUAGUAUCCAAUAAUGCAGGCGUAGACAACUUUGGAUUGGGUCUGCUCCUAUCGCAGCGCAAAAUCAAAAGGAUGAUAGCUUCGUAUGUUGGAGAGAACGCAGAAUUCGAACGACAAUAUUUAACAGGAGAAUUAGAAUUGGAGCUCACACCACAGGGCACACUUGCAGAAAGGAUUAGAGCUGGAGGAGCUGGAAUACCAGCUUUCUUCACACCUACAGCUUAUGGUACUAUGAUUCAUGAAGGGGGGGUACCAAUAAAAUACACGAAAGAUGGUAAAGUAGACAUAUCCAGUAAUCCAAGAAGAUCAGAAGCGUUCAAUGGUAAGCCGUACAUAAUGGAAGAAGCAAUUGUUGGAGACUACGCUCUUAUAAAAGCCUACAAAGCAGAUCCUCAUGGAAACUUAAUUUUUAAUAAGUCUGCGAGGAACUUCAAUCCGACGAUGGCCAAAGCAGCUAGGACUACAAUAGCUGAAGUUGAAGAAAUCGUUGAUGUUGGUGAAAUUGGUCCAGAUCAAGUGCAUCUGCCUGGAAUAUUCGUUGACAGAAUUGUUAAGGGAGAUUCAUUCGAAAAAAGAAUAGAGAGGCUGAAAACAACAAACCAUGAUAGUAGUCAUUCUAAAGUAGACAAAGGAAAGUCUGAUCUGUUGAGAGAAAGAAUCAUUAGAAGAGCAGCUUUAGAAUUCAAAGAUGGCAUGUAUGCAAACUUAGGAAUUGGAAUGCCAAUGCUGGCCUCCAACUAUAUACCCAAAAACUUAAGGCUAUCUCUUCAAUCCGAAAACGGUAUCUUAGGUUUAGGACCUUUUCCAGUCUUUUCAGAAGUCGAUCCAGAUCUUAUAAACGCUGGCAAAGAAACAGUAACAGUUUUACCAGGAGCUUCAUUCUUCACUAGCGAUGACAGUUUUGCUAUGAUAAGGGGAGGACAUGUAGACCUUACUAUGCUUGGAGCGAUGGAAGUGUCCAAGUAUGGUGAUCUGGCCAAUUGGAUGAUUCCUGGAAAGCUAGUUAAAGGAAUGGGAGGAGCUAUGGACCUGGUAGCAGCACCAGGCACCAAGGUGGUCGUCUGCAUGGAACACAACUCCAAGAAAGGCGAUCCUAAAAUCUUGGACAGCUGCAGCUUACCACUAACAGGAAAACAAUGUGUCGACCUCAUAAUCACAGAAAAGGGUGUGUUCAAUGUUGAUAAAGAAAAAGGACUUACCUUGAUAGAAAUAGCUGAAGGAUUGAGUGUAGAUGAUCUCAAAGCUUCAACAGGAUGUGAUUUCGCUGUAUCUGAUCAGUUGAAGACGAUGCAACAAAUUGAAGUGAAUUGAUUCAUGUGUUUUUUAUACCUCAUUAAUUUUUAUUUAGUCUUUAAGUUUUAUUGUAUACAUGUGUUUUUAUAUUUUUUAUGUCUUUACUACUUUUAUUCAUUUGUCAACGUAAUUCAAGAUUGUUUGAUAUAAAAGUCUCAGGAAGUUUUCUGAUCAGAUUUGUACAGCUUUUCGAUAUUAAUUAUCAAAUCUUAAUAAGUUUGAUUCAAAUUGCUUUUCUGGAGAAUGGAAAAUUCGUGCUCAUCUUCAAAUUUCCCAAACUAUAAAUCGUAUAAAUUCGUGGAAAACAUGGUGUGUUUUUCAAAGCAAUGAGAGUAGAGAACUUAUCAUGUAUUUAUUCCUUUGAAUAUAAAUAAAAUGCUCAAUACUCAA